AAUAAAUAUAUUGUUGCCCGCGACGCGCUAUUGUGUAAACAAUAAAUAUUUCUUAAACAUAUUCCGUGUCGAUCGCGAAAUACCCUGCUUCCGGAAUUGCCGCCACCACCGAGGGAACUUUUAAGGAAAGUGGCCGCUAAAAUUAGCAUUCGGAAAUCACAGAUUCAUUGGUCGACGAGGAUGUCCGCAGACGGUGCAUUGCGACAACGCGACGAACUUCGUCGGAGCGAGUCGCCACUUCUUGGCUCUUCGCGAUCGGAUCGAGGAGCAGGCGGACGCAAUUCGCGAGUUCGCAUCAAAAAGCGGAUGCGAAUUUGCGUUCACACCCCCUCGGGCUCCGCACAUGGGCGGACUAUGGGAGGCAGGUGUGAAAACUGCAAAGCACCUACUCCUUCGAGCGGUGGGCAGCGCACUUUUCAACGCCGAAGAGCUGGCAACAGUCCUCGUCGGGAUCGAGGCCACUAUGAACUCGCGGCCCCUCGGAGCGCUCAGCCAGGACCCAAGCGACGGAGAGGCGCUAACUCCCGGGAACCUGCUGACAGGCGGGCCGCUCAUCGCAGCACCAGCACUCCGGACCCCGGACCAGGCGGGUCUCAGUUGCUUGCGGCGAUGGCGGCUUGUCUCGUCAGCCAGGCAAACGUUCUGGCGGCGAUGGUCCCGGGAAUAUGUCCUGGGCCUUCAGGUUCGGGGCAAAUGGCACGAGGAGAAGGCCAACGUUGAGGAGGGCCAACUCGUCGUCGUGGCAGAGGACAACCUGCUGCCUCAACAGUGGGUCCUGGGAAGGAUCGUCGCGACGCACGCAAGAGAGGACGGCAAGGUCAGGGUCGUCGACCUUAGGAGGAGUGAUGGAGCCAUCUUCCGGAGGGCGAUCCACAAGCUGGCGCCGCUGCCGAUUUGUUGAAGCCGUGAAGGCGUUCAACGGGGCCGGUGUUGGCGGAACUCAUAGUGUCGGUCAUUGUUUAUUGUUUGUUGUUUAUUGUUGGCAUGUGAAGUAGAACAAAUUUGAAGUCUAGUGUAAGUUAGUUUACGGCGAAGGCGGGAGCAUAAUAUAGUUCUCUCUCGCUCUUUGCGAAUUCGCCCCGUCUUCGCCAACCUCUGUUAAGCUAGGCCUAAGAAGACAUAUGUUAAACAGAGAUGAAGUCGAAAAAUUGAAUUCAACACAAGCACACGCAUUUUUUCGUUGUCGUAGUUCCGAGCUUAAACUAAUUAUU